AUGUACUUCCAACACUGGACCGGACAGAUUCGGUACAAACAAUUGAGUCCGAGCGGAGAGUGGUUGGGUGGCGAUAUUUCGGAGGUGGUGGCUGUGGGAGCGAAGAAUGGCACGCCUCUCUCGGCUGUUAGUUAUGUGCUGAAUGAGGCUAGUACGUGGCAUGUCUUUUACAUCGACAACAACAACACCAUCCGCCAACGCUCUAACAGCAACAAGACGAAUGUUUGGGUCGACGGACCUAUCAACGCCCUCAACAUUAAGACCUACGACGCUGAUAUGGUCGGAAUGCAGGCCUGCUGGUACGGGUCCGACUAUGGAGACACCGACUACACGCACACCCCCCUCCCCAACGAGAACGCCAACACCACCGCAAUGUCAAAAGACUACGGUAUGCACUUGUGGUACGCCUCGGACGAAACAACCUUCAAACAACUCGGCUGGCGAGAAGGACAAACCACCUGGGCACACCAACAAGACUGGCCGAACAUGAACGGGCACGCAGGAGUGGGAUGUUACAGCUGGGGCCCCGGCACGACGACAUAUGUCAUGUUUGUGAAUCUGCAGAAUGCCGUCGAGUUCUGGUGGAAAGACACGAACACCAAUCUCACCAGCACAGAGUCCCAUCCCAUCAACGUCUGGACGAAUUCUUCCAUCUCCAUCCCAAACGUCCACCCCUCCACCUCCCUCGGCUACACUAACAUCUUCUACGCCCAAUCCGCGUCCACCCACCUCUUCACGGGCUACAACAUCUCCUGGGCGGCCGAGAACACGUCCUUGAUCGCACCUUCCUUUGACGUCGGCGAUCAGCCGGGACUGCCGGGGACGCAUUUGAGCGUUUCGGCGCUCCCGAAUCGCAGUGGUGGGGACGACUUGGUGGUGUUUUAUCAGGUGGAGGGAGAUGAGGUGAGGGAGUUUACGAGGGACUUGGUGGCGGGCAGUUGGAGUGAGGUGGGAAUUGAGAUUCCGAAUUGA